GGGCUCCGGUAUCUCAGCUGGGCAGCAGCAGGACCUGCAGACGCAGAGAUGCCCGGGCGGCGCGGCGCGUUCAGCUCACAGCAGAAACACCGGACAGCGGGGAGCCACACAGUCGCUGUUAAUGGAGUAGAAGGAGACUUUGGAGAAUCUGAUUUUAUUCUUACUGGGGUCAAACACAGGCACAACAGAAAUGCUGCAGUUUGAGACUUUGCUUGUGAAGCAGUUGCAGAGGCAGCAGAGCAGGGCAGAGUUUUGUGACACUGUUCUGAAAAGUCAAGGUGUGUCCGUACCAGUACACAGCUGUGUACUUUCUGCCUUCAGCCCCUGGCUUUGUGGAGCUCUGUCCACUAUGCCGGCACCUCUGGCUGGACAGAGAAGACUCAUUGAGCUACAGUGUGUGGAGGACCGCACGCUGCUUGGCUUGGUCAGCCUGCUGUACUCGGGUCAGCUGGACACCAACAGAGAGGACGUCUUGUCAGCGACAGAGCUGCUGGGCAUCAAGCUGCCUGAGGAGCAUGUGAAGGAGAGAGGCAAGGAGGGUAGAAGAAAAGAUAGAGAAGAUGCCAAGAAGGAGAGGAUGAGGGAGAGCAGCACACAGACCACAUGCGACAAAGAGAAAGAUGAGAGAGAGACCCACACAGAUCAUAUAAGCCCAGAACAUCAGCAGAACAUCCAUUUGACGUGCCACCAAACAUGCUCUUUGACUAAUCAAGAACAAGGCACUGAUGCCAGCCCUCCUCAGGUCACACUGGCACUGCAGGGAGCCCACAGGUCUUCAGAGAGGACGACGGCUUCAUCCAGUUAUAAUAAUCUGCUGGGUGUGGUCCCUGAGGCGAGAGGCAGUCAAAUAGAGGGUGAGCCUCUAUGUGUGUCCCAGUUGUACCUUUACCCCUCAGAAAUUUCAUACCAGCAACCCCCUUCCUCUUGCACUCCUCGUACCUCAACUUCCAACCACACCCACCUGGAUCUUGGACCCAUUCAGUCAGGAGAAGGAGUAGACUUGGGGAAUGUGGACGAUCAUCUUGUGGAGGGAUUUGAGCAGUUUGAGGGAAAUAUCCCUGGUUUCAUCAACCACUUCUUUGAUCCAGUGCCAUCUCAGACCACAAAGAGAAGGGGGCGGGGACGUCCAAGGCUUAGGGGAAGACCUAGAGGAGAGAGAGGCAUGAGCAAGGCCAACUCCAGCAAUGCGACAGUCAGGGAAAGAGUGGCAGAGGCAGGGAGAGGGAGGGGAAGAGGCAGAGGCAGAGGAAGGCAGGGUCACACUGAAAGGUGGGGAUGGGUGCCAAGGCUGACCUGGAGGGGGCAGGGUGGGGGUAGAGUUGGCAGGAAGCUGGACACCAGACCGACAGUCAGACUGACCAGAAGACGGCGAGGCAGAGGUGCACUGCCAGAGGUGGGAGAGGGGAGAGGCAGAGGGAGGCAGAGGGGCAGGAGAGGUGCACAUGCAGGCAGUGAGGGACAGGAUGGUCCUCCUUGCUUGAGCAGCCAGAACAGUCAUCCUGAUUUAAGCCUUUUGCCGCUUCCUCCUUGUUCCUCUAGUUUCUGUCAGAAUACCACGGACCAUCCGGACCCAUCCAUACUGCACACAGUAUCCCUCCCACCUGCUCCUCAGGCCUGCUCCAAACCUAUGGACUUGCUUCUAAACGACAUCAUGACUGGCCUCAAUCUUCUUCCAGACGAUGAAGCCAGCCAGCACGGAUUUGUGAACACCACAACUUCUAGCGACAUGUUGGUCUCAAAACCUGCAUUUACCAAACCUGCAGGUGCCUCUCAAUACCAGCAUGAAGGAGAGCUGUGUGAUAUCCUGGAUCGUUUUCUGAGCACCUUUGAGCAACAAGUAGGUGGGUGUGAUUUAGCACUGGAGGAGGAAAUGCCAAGCAGCAAAUCAUAUCAUCACACUGCUGCCAGGAACACGGACGAAGCUCAGGUUAAUGGUGACUACAGCCGCAAUUCACGGAGCAGUACAUACACACAUAUACAGCCACAGCUCAACACGCUCAACCCACACUCAGGUCACUGUUAUGCUGUGAACACAUUUACCCCCACCACUCAGCCUCAGACAACCAGAAUGGCUUCUUCUUCUUCUCCUAACACAUCUGACGUCCACAGUCGUCUACGACUGUCGACAGCCUUGAGUCGACUGCGUUCGUCUUGGUACAGAAGAUCGGUGGAAAAGUUAGACUGCGUUGAGACGGAGAUUAGACCUCAAAGGAUGACCCGAAGCCAGGCCAUAAAAAGAAAACUGGGACUGAAUUCAGCAAGCCACCACAAUUCCCCUUUAGUAAAAAAGAUACGCAGAGAAAACCAGAGAACAAGGCGGAGAAACACAAGGAAGCAAGACAAAACAUGCAGACAUCCCCAGAGACAAAAACUUUCCCAGCACCAAGUUGACAUGUGUGUAUAUGAAGAUGCAGUGAGUAACGUUGAAGCAGACAAAAGCAAAACCACAGAAACACAGUCAAAUAAACACACUACACAAUCCCUCAGUGAUGAAAGAACCGCAUUAGAGAUGAGAACAGAAGAGAAUAGACUAGUAACGGCAAAUGCUCAUGGAGACGGAAGACAUGCAGAGACCCAGCAAAUACCUGCCAGUUCCUCCAACAGCCAGAUCCCUGUAAAGAAUAAAGGCCGCAGACAAUUUAUCGAGAUGGCCUCCUCAGCAUUUGAGAAGAUGAGGAUGCUAAUGGAGAACAAAAGAAGGAGAGAAGAAGAACGCUUAAAAGCAAUGAAUAUGGAGGGAACAUGCAAAGAAAAAGAAAGUGCAGGAAAUAUGGACACUCAGGACUGUGGAUUCAAAGAUGAUGCGAGUAAAAACACUGAUAACAAUUGUUCGGAAAAUAAUACAACAGAGGAAACAGUGGGAAGCAUUAUGGACAUACAACCAAAAAUCCUUAAAGAGAAUGAAGUGCAAGAGGGACAAAAUGAAACAGAAGGAGUGGGAUGCAGUCAGGAAAAUGAGGAAAGUAUGGCAGCUGGUCUACUAAACCAAAUGAUCACUGAAAACUGCAGUGCACCAUCCCAGAUGUGUCUGUCACCAGUUGCAGAUUCAGUUGAACUAACACAAGAUACAGAGGAAUGUGAUUGCAACAACAAUGACCAACACAUGCUCAGCACUGCAGAUCUGCCCCAAAGCACUUAUGAUUCAUGCUGGACUGAUGCAGUCUCCACUCAGGCAGUUUUACAGUCACCUUUAUCCAAAGUCCCAACGCUAAAGAGGGCUGACUGGGAUACAGGGGAGGUGACUCCACUCACACCUUCUGGGACAUUUCGGUCACAUCCACCCCUCUGCCGUGAGCUCCUCCCCUCACACACACCUGAGAAGGCCGUAAGAGAAUCAGCAGGAAGUUCAGAAGAGGAUGAAGAUGUGGAUGUGACUGAGGUCUCAAGCUUUGCCUCCGAGCCCAUUGUUGUGCCAACUGUGAUCUGGGAGGCGGGUCUUAGCACAGAGGAGGAGGAAGUGGAGGAAGAUGUAGAUGUUGAUGUGCUUGGUGUGGAAUCAGAUUAGCCUUUUAGGGACUCCUGCAGUGCUGUGACCUGCCAGUUCAUGAUGCUACAGAAGCAGGACUUGAUUUGUUUUUUGGAAUCAGCUGUGUAUCUACUGGAGUUCUUGGUGACACAAAUAGAAUGAAUCCCUACCUGCUUCUACUCAUCAAUCUGGAUCUCCACUUCUGAGGUCAGAAGUUCUACUGUGAAUUAUGUCUGUGGUCACAAAGUGACUGAGGUUGAGGGUUUCUCUAAAGCGAGAGACGCUGAACGAGUGUUAUUCCACCUUGUUUGCGGAAGUGGCAGAAUUAGAGUGGGCAGUGUGUGAGAUGCUUAUGGCUGUUUUAAUUUUGGAAAUUGAGCGAUAAGGAGAAGACAGUUUAGUUUAGUGAGUUUAACAGCCUGCUUUGAGCUAGGAAUUCUGUGUCUGACUGUAUAAGUGCCUGUUGCACCGCUGUUGAUAAUGUACCUGUGAUCGUUCAGCAAUUUACUCUUUUUUUGCGUUUAAGAUUAAAGAGUUGUUUUCUACA